GUGUGUUUCUGGCCGGAUCCGUUUCCCGAAGGCCCCAGGCGCCCCGCCCCCACCUUCCUCCCCUGGACCCUCUUCUCUGGGCCCCGGUCCUCUCUCCUGUUACCGGUGCUACCAGCUCCCGGGGGACACCCAGAGGCUCCCGCCCCGCCAUCACUUGCGACCACGGGGGUAGCCCGGGGCCGUUCCGGAGUCGCCCGGACCCGAGAAGCUGCUGCACCGGGCCUCAGCCACCCCUCCGGAUGCUGGUGUUGCCUUCGCCCCCCUGCCCGCAGCCCCUGGCGCUUCCCUCCGCAGAGGCCAUGGAGGCCCCUCCUUCUCGGACAGGCAGGUCCCCAGAGCCCGGACCUUCCUCCUCCACAGGACCUCCCCAGCCUUCCUCCCCUCCGAGGCCCAACCACUACCUGCUUAUUGACACCCAGGGCAUCCCGUACACCGUGCUGGUGGACCAGGAGUCUGAGAGAGAGCCCGGGGCAGAUGGGGCUUCAGCUCAGAAAAAGUGCUACAGCUGCCCCGUGUGCUCCCGGGUCUUCGAGUACAUGUCAUACCUGCAGCGACACAGCAUCACCCACUCGGAGGUGAAGCCCUUUGAGUGUGACACCUGUGGGAAGGCAUUCAAGCGGGCCAGCCACCUGGCUCGGCACCACUCCAUUCACCGGGCUGGUGGCGGGCGACCCCAUGGCUGCCCGCUCUGCCCUCGACGCUUCCGUGAGGCUGGUGAGCUGGCCCAGCACAGCCGGGUCCACUCGGGGGAGCGCCCGUUUCAGUGCCCACACUGCCCGCGCCGAUUUAUGGAGCAGAACACCCUGCAGAAGCACACUCGGUGGAAGCAUCCAUGAGCCGGGCUGCCGGGUACCCCAGGUGCCAUGGGGUUCUGGGGGGAGCCCGGACUCUUGUGGCCCUCAGACACGUGGCCAGUGCGGAAGGCUGGGUUGCAGCCCUGGACACAGACACAGACACACUUCCUGCAAAGGCCAAGCCCUGCCUGAAGGAGGAGCCCCUGAGUAGCCUUUGGAUACUUUGGAGAUAAAGGUGGAAAGGGGACCUUACCUUCCUAGGGUGGAGCCCUCCGGCCUCAGGCUGAGCCUGACCAGGUGCCCAGGAGACAGUGCUAUGUGUGAAAAUCCUCCAGCCUGAAAAUCGUGGUUGGGAGCCAUCAAGCAUCUGCAUCAGCUUCCUGAUGCCCCCUUGUUGAUGCUGGGGGAAGGGGCCCCAGACCUGCCUCGCAACCCCCAGCCAGGACUUGAGACUGGACACCCAAUAAACACCUUUCCCAUUUUGA